UGGGAUCCACAAAUUGAGCUUGUAUUUAUUUAACCUCAACCGAAAUAGCCAGCCUUCCACUCUUUCUUCAAUAAAUAAAUAAAUAAAACGCGCAAAUAACUCCUCACACAAUCUCAGAAAGAGUCACGGAUCGGAUCGGAUCGGAUCGGAACGGAACACCGCACCACCACCGUCUUCCACCACUUUCCGGCGAUCCCCUAUCCCCGCAACAAAAACAUGACAACAUCAAGGCGCCUUGCAGACAGGAAGGUGGAGAAGUUUGAGAAGAACAUCACAAAGAGAGGAUUUGUGCCAGAAACAACCGCUAAGAAAGGGAAAGACUACCCUGUUGGCCCUGUGCUGCUCGGUUUCUUUGUCUUUGUUGUCAUUGGAUCAUCUCUCUUUCAGAUAAUCAGGACAGCAACGAGUGGAGGCCUGGCUUAAUGGAGCUUUGAUUUGGACUUGUGUUAUCUUCUCUUUCUUAGCCCUUGUAGACAAUGGCCAUACUUUCCUACAUGUACUUGUACUAGAACCAGUUCCUGUUCAUGUUUUGAUGAACCUUAAGGAUUUUUAAUUUAUAUAACCACUGUGUCUCUUCUCUUUAA